UAAACCCUAAAUUCCAAUGCAAUUUCCCAGAAACUAGUAGAUCUACGAAGAAAUCUCUCCCAAUUUGAGAGAAGGCUCAAGGAAGGUAACAACUUUCCAAAGGAGAACGGGUAUCUGAUUCUUAUUUCACCCCUACUGAAAGAAAUUAAAUGCAUCAAGAUACCUGCUCUCCUACGCAACUACAACUUAGAAUCAAUCAACAUCUUAGGUUAUAUACCAAGGAAUCUGAAUUGGGUAUUGCCGAUCUCUUGUUAUCUCCGCCGACUCUUGUUUAUUGAUCAUUUCGAUUUUAGCUGGAGGAUUUUCAGUUUCUAAGGUUUAUGUCGAGAAAUCUGAAUUGAGUAUUGCGAUUUCUUGUUAUUCCGAAGGUUGUUUUUUUUGGUUUUUAAAUUGCACGCAAGAGAUUUACGGAAAGUAGAUCAACAGAGAUCCAUAUGGAAUAUUGAUUCUGUCUUAGGGUAAUUCGAUCGGUUUGGUAUUCUACUUUUACUUUUUUCUGUUUGAUGCAUAUGGUUGUUGUCGUCGGUUACAAAAAUUGUCUGGCGAACAUAUCUCUGUGUGUGCUCAGGCGGUUGUCUCUACAUUGGGUUGAGCCAACUGCUAGAGAUAGAUGGGAUAAGGAUUAUUUCAAAUUGCAGGGUGGAUAGGGAAUAGGGACAUUCAUAGUGUUUGAAAAGAAAAGGUCGUUUGGUUUUUAGAUUGUGAUUUUAGGAGUAUUUCUUCAAGAUGGGUUCUUCCCAAGGUUCUUCACUAUCCACAAAUGUGGCAGGAUUGGUUGAGGGUUCAUCUAAUGGGAGAGAGGUUGCUUAUUUAGAUACAUUGCCUGUGUAUGUCAAGGAACUAAUAGCUGGAGGUGCUGCAGGAGCAUUUGCUAAAACUGCUGUUGCUCCACUCGAAAGGAUUAAGAUCUUAUUGCAGACUCGAACUCAAGGCUUUCAGUCUCUUGGAGUCUACCAAUCACUGAAAAGACUACUAAAGCAUGAAGGGCUUCCAGGAUUUUACAAAGGAAAUGGAGCUAGUGUUCUUCGAAUAGUUCCAUAUGCAGCAUUGCAUUUCAUGACAUACGAGCAAUACAGAUGUUGGGUGUUGGACAACUACACCGGAUUAUUAGGGACGGGGCCCGUUGUAGAUCUCUUAGCCGGCUCAGCAGCUGGAGGCACUGCUGUCUUAUGCACUUAUCCUCUCGAUUUGGCUCGCACCAAACUCGCUUAUCAAGUUGUGGAUGAAAAAGCAAGUUUGGGAAAUGGUUGUAAAAGUAAAAGUAUUACUACUACUACACAGCCUCGCUACAGUGGCAUUAGAAAUGUUUUACAAAGUGUUUAUACAGAGGGUGGGAUGCGUGGCUUGUAUCGAGGUGUAGGUCCAACACUUAUUGGUAUUCUGCCAUAUGCUGGUUUGAAGUUUUAUAUUUAUGAGAAGCUGAAAAGACAUGUUUCUGAAGAGCAUCAGAGAUCAAUCAUGAUGCGUUUGUGCUGUGGUGCUUUGGCUGGUUUAUUUGGUCAAACUUUCACAUACCCUUUAGAUGUUGUUAGAAGGCAGAUGCAGGUUGAAAAUAUGCAAGCCUUAGGGGGUGGUAGACAUAAGAAUACAUGGCAGGGGAUCACCACUAUUGUCUCUGAACAAGGAUGGAGGCAAUUAUUUGCUGGCCUCAGCAUAAAUUACAUCAAGAUUGUUCCUUCGGUUGCGAUUGGUUUCACAGCAUAUGACAUGAUGAAGUCAUGGCUUCGCAUCCCUCCUCGACAAAAAACACAAUCGGUCUCUGCUGCAUAAAUUUCCAAACACAUUUUAUGCAAAAUUUAGACCUCUAAAAGGCAGUUAUUGAAAUGCAAAAAGUAAUAUUUUAAUCAGAAGCCUAUACUUAAGCUUUUAAAGUUUCAGUAGAAGAUAUAUCUAUCUGUUGAAACCUUUGAAAGAAAGUGAAAGAGAUAGACACGAUUAUGUGGUGAAGGCUGCUUUGGGAGUUGAACCAAAGUGUAGAAUGUUUCUUCUUACAGUCUGUGUUUAGGGACAUUAUUCCCACUUGUAAAUAGUUUUUUUUAUGGUGAAAUGACACAAAUUUAGACUUUGAAAUCAAAAAGUUUUUAUUUUUUGAGCU